CAGAAGGCACUGGCAGCAGAGCGAGAGAAGCAGAGAGCGGAACGCACCCAGGGUGAAGGAUGCCCGGGACAAUGGCACCGGUUUAUUCCCUCCCCCGCCUCCUCUCCUCCGCAUCGUGAUGAACGCCGCCGCGGCGGUCGCCCGCAGGAUGCCGUCGGUGGCCCGGCGGGGCGCGCGCUGGGUAGCCCGCUGCCAGGCGCUGCUGUUCGGCGUGUCGGCGCUGGUCAUCGUGGCCGAACGGAGCGCUCUGAUUUACUGUAUUGGAUUUUACCUUUGGAACGAGGAAACGCAGUGGGCGGGCAUCACUCUCGGCCUUUUUCUACCGGGAACUGCAGUUCAGCUGCUAAGUAUGAAAUGGUACCAUGACGACGGUGAUGACAGACGGUGCUACCUCUCUGUCAUACACAUACUGCACUUGGGCAUCUUCAAAAGGUUGUGGGACUGCAUGAGGUCCGUGUUGCGCAUGCAGGACUCGGUGGCCGAGCUCGGAGCCGCUGUCAUGCAGCAGGCGGAUGUGGCUGCUCUUUGGUUGCUGGAGGCCCUCGUCCUCACGCUGCCCCAGAGCCUGCUGCAGGCUCACGUAGUGGUGUCCACCGACGUGGGCAUCAUGUCCCCAGUGGCCUAUUGCUGCGGUCUGUGUGUGCUGUCUAUUUCCUGGGCCUUGGUGCUGUACAGCCGGGCCUGCUGUCUGAUACGACCGGGCCACCUGGCGAUGCCGCCGGCGGCCCUGCUGUGCCAGCUGGUGUGGAGGGCUGGCAUGCUGGGGGCGAGGGUGACUUGCCUCAUGUUUUUCGCCAGGGUCUUUAACUGGUGGGUCUGUGGAGUAGCAGGUUUCCACUGGCUCACCGCCUCCUUCUGGCUGGUGUCCCAGCAGCCAGACAUCUGCACCGGCCCCUGGUGUUGGCGCGCCUUUAAUGGCGUCAUGGGGCUGGUCCACGUCUUCCUCUUCCUCAACGUUAAGGACGGACCCUCGCGCUUUCGCAUGGCCAGUUUUUACGCCUUCAUGCUGGUGGAGAACGCCACUCUGCUGCUGGCCGCCUCCGACUUCCUCAGCGAAGCAUCUUGGGACAGCAUGACGCUUCCCGCCACCGUGCUGUGUAGCUUUCUCCUUGGCGCGACCUCUCUCGUCCUUUACUACAGGUUCCUCCACCCAAAGUCAACUGAGAUCUCCCAGGGUACCAACCGCGACCACAUGGGCAGCACGUGCAUAGAGCGAGGGGAGUCCUCGUUCUCCUUCGGGGACAAAAGUCUGCCGGCUGCCUCUGUUCAAAACCACGGCAGCUUCUCGCUCUCGGGCGUGGCUGGUUCUCUGCUGGAGCACCCGGGGACCUGCAGGGGCCGGGCUAACGGCUCCUGCCCGUGCUACCACCACCACUGGCUCCUAAUCCGGCUCGCGCUGAAGACGGGAGACCUGGGAAAGAUCAACGCAGCGUACGGGGCCGGCGGGGCGGCGGCCAUACUGGAUAUGGAGGAGUACCGGCAAGAGUUUAAGAGCAACGAGGGCAUGACCAUCACGGCAGGGGGCAGCUGCGACGGGGUCUCCACGUCCGAGUCCCAGGGGAAAGGCCUGGCACCUCUGUCGGACUGCAAGGACGAGUUCCAGAGCGUGAGCGAGCCCACGUCCACCGACAACCAAGAGGACGAGGAGGACAGCCUGGAGAUGGAGAGCCCGAUGGAGUCGCCCGCCUCGGAUUUCAAACGGAGCUCGCCGGAGGGCAAGUCCGUGUUCGGAGACAGCCCGGAGCCGUACUUCUGUCCCACAGAGUCCAGUUCCACCUUGUACUUCAGCGCUGACCCUCAGUCCCCCAGCAGCGCCAGCACCACCCGUUUGGACCGGGACACGGGAGGUCUUGAACCGGGGGUCCGCCUCAGCUCGAUUCCCAGCGACCCGGCCCUCCACAGAGAUGUCCGUGGGCUCAUCGGCCGGGUGGGGCCACGCUGCACUUCCACUCCUAAAUUGGACUCCGGAGUGCUGCACUCUCCGCCCACCGUCCCCCAUCUCACUGGUCCCAGGAGGCAGCUCAUAAUGUCACGGAGGGAUGAAGAGGACAACUUCUAGGUUUCCUUAGACGGAAUCAGGGAAAGAGAACACCAGCUUUUUUGGAAGGCGGCUUCUCCAUCUGCUCUUGCAAGUUGCCGGAGAGACACAGAAAGUUGAAAACCUCAGCAAUGUUUUCAUCAUCAACGUGGGAAUUAAAGGGCUGAUCGGCCAUCCCGUUGGUACACGGAGCUCCGUCACACCUUCUACCCGACUAAACACUUUAUACUCUUUUGGUAGGUAGCGAGCUAACUUGAAGCCUCAAGAAUCAAACUGUGCAACAAAGGGAACAGUGGUUCCACCGUAUUGAGGAACCAGCCAUGAGCUGUAGCAACAAACGCGCUUAGAAGUGUGCAGCUGUUUGAAAAUCUUGAAUUCAAAUAUUAUAUACCGAAGCUGCUGUUAUUCGUGUUAAUAAUUACCAGCGGUUAUGUGAUUAGGGAAUCUAUUUCUAAAUCAAAAGGGGACACGUCCGUGACUGACCUCUUCACCUUUACCAUCUCAGCACAAGUCAGCGCUUUGUUGGCUUCUUAAGAGCACAAGUAUCUUCCGUACCAAAUGUUUAUUGCUGUGAUUUUUUUCGUAUUCCCAUACUAAGAAACAAAUCCCUGGUCCCUUCAGGGAAUAAUAAACUGUAUUUUUCGUAUAAUCAAGUCAACUGGCAGUGCUUUGAGCAGGGCCAGUGGAGUCAGCCUGGUAAAAACUGUGUUUGAUGUUUUAUCUUUAUUUACAUGUUGACCAUGUAAUUGCUAAGAUGUUGUUUGAAUUUACAUUCUGUUGGGAAAAUAAUUCUCAGGCACUGAUUUUAAAAGGCUUUCAAAUGUGUAGUGUAAGUGGAAUUGAAAAGAUGCAAAUGGUGUACUUGUAGUGACUUUUUUAAUGUGCUCUUGAUGCUAUUUUGAGGGCACACGUGCAUUUUGCUCAUUUCUGCUCUGAAAAGGGGAUGAAAUCCACUGACAAAGAAGUGAGAUGAUGCAGGGUUUUCUCUUGCACCAAGGCGACUGCCUUCAUGAAAUUUUGAAAUGUAAAGUGAAAGGCCACUGGUGGCUUUAGAUAAGCAAUAAAUAACCGGAAUAUUUGGGUGACUGGCAUACAAAA